AUGGUCUCCAUUCAACGCGUUGUGCUUCUGGCACUUACAGGCGCCUUCCGUACCACUAACACAGCAGCGCUGCAAGUCUUAAUGCACGCCGCUCCCAUCGACCUGGAACUCGAGCGUCUUAACGCUGAGUUCCGACUCUUCGCGUUGAGGCGUCACGUCGCCUUUGGCUCGCUGCGCUAUCGCCCGGAAUGGGUUGCGCUUCCCCAUAAGGAUGUGGUGCCGCAUCCUUCUUUACCAGCCGUUGUCCCGUUCAGGCGACCGUCGCGCCGCACCGCCUGCAACGUCUGCCGCGCUCCCGGCGUUCACAUCUACACGGACGGGUCAUACACCAGCCUGUCUGCGGGGGCGGCUUACGUGGUACUGGACCCCAACCCUUCCAUCAUGCGGGUCGGCAAGUUUCGGCUGCUUCAUGCCACGUCGGCAUAUGCGGCUGAAGUGGUCGCCUUUAUCGAGGCUCUUAGGCACGUGUUCGAAGCGCGCUACACGAUCCGCGUAGCUAUCUACACCGACUGCCUGUCAACGCUUCAGGCGCUCGCAUCCCCCCAAAACGUGGAGCCCCACGUUAUGGAGAUACGCCAGCUCCUUAACACCAUUCGCCGGCGUUCUCCCAUCCAUCUGUACCACGUGCCGGGUCCAGGGGCGUAG